GCUAUUCCACCAACCGGAAGUAACCCGUGCUGGGAACUCGGGAAACCCGUCUACGGUCUUUCUUUUCCCUCCUCCAUCUUGGACAGUAAGCACCAUGGCGGCUGCUGUCGAGAGCAGUACAAUUGAGAACCUGGAGACCGCUCCAGUGGAGGUUCCUGAGAUCAAGCUGUUUGGUCGCUGGAGCAGUGACGAUGUCCAAGUCAAUGACAUCAGCUUGACGGAUUAUAUCCCAGUCAAGGAGAAGUUUGCCAAGUACCUGCCCCACUCUGCAGGCCGCUAUCAGACCAAGCGCUUUCGUAAGGCCCAGUGCCCUAUUGUAGAGCGCCUGACCUGUUCCAUGAUGAUGCACGGCCGCAACAAUGGCAAGAAAAUCAUGGCAAUGCGCAUCGUCAAGCACUCGUUUGAGAUCAUCCACCUUCUAACGGGCGAGAACCCGCUGCAGGUUGUGGUGAAUGCCAUCAUCAACAGUGGGCCACGUGAAGACUCCACACGUAUCGGCCGUGCUGGUACAGUCAGAAGACAGGCUGUCGACGUGUCCCCCCUCAGGAGAGUCAACCAGGCUAUCUGGUUGUUGUGUACCGGUGCUCGUGAGGCGGCCUUCAGGAACGUGAAGACGAUUGCAGAGUGCUUGGCUGAUGAACUGAUCAACGCUGCCAAGGGAUCCUCCAACUCCUACGCUAUCAAGAAGAAGGAUGAGUUGGAACGUGUGGCCAAGUCUAACCGUUAAGGUGGACACCUGGUACAGCUGGAGAUGCACCUGCUCUUUCAGCUGCAGAUUGCUCUGACCAGCUACAUCAGAGAAAAUAAAAUAUUUCCUCACCUGUA